CCCAGCGUGGUGCUAGUUGGCCUCAGCAAAAAGGCAGCCGGAAUCGACGAACAGGAAAACUGGCAUGAAGGCAAAGAAAACAUCAGAGCUGCUGUUGCAGUGGGAUGCAGGCAGAUUCAAGACCUGGAGCUCUGUUCCGUGGAGGUGGAUCCCUGUGCAGACACUCAGGCUGCUGAGGAGGGAGCGGUGCUUGGUCUCUAUGAAUACGAUGACGCCAACCAGAUUUGCCGAAAUUAUUGAGAAGAAUCUCAAAAGUGCUAGUAGUAAAACUGAGGUUCAUAUCAGACCCAGGUCUUGGAUUGAGGAACAGGCAACGGGAUCAUUCCUCAGUGUGGCCAAAGGAUCCGACGAACCCUCAGUCUUCUUGGAAAUUCACUACAUAGGCAGCCCCAAUGCAAACGAACCACCCCUGGUGUUUGUUGGGAAAGGAAUUACCUUCGACAGUGGUGGUAUCUCCAUCAAGGCUUCUGCAAAUAUGGACCUCAUGAGGGCCGACAUGGGAGGAGCUACAACUAUAUGCUCAGCCAUUGUGUCUGCUGCAAAACUCAAUUUGCCCAUUAAUAUUAUAGGUCUGGCCCGUCUUUGUGAAAAUAUGCCCUGCGGCAAGGCCAGCAAGCUGGGGGAUGUUGUUAGAGCCGGGAACGGGAAGACCAUCCAGGUUGAUAACACUGAUGCCGACGGGAGGCUCAUACUGGCUGAUGCGCUCUGUUACGCGCACACGUUUAACCCGAAGGUCAUCCUCAAUGCCACCACCUUAACAGGUGCCAUGGAUGUAGCUUUGGGGUCAGGUACCACUGGGGUCUUUACCAAUUCAUCCUGGCUCUGGAACAAGCUCUUCGAGGCCAGCAUUGAAACAGGGGACCGUGUCUGGAGGAUGCCUCUCUUCAAACAUUAUACAGGACAGGUUGUAGAUUGCCAGCUGGCUGAUGUUAAUAACAUUGGAAAAUAUAGAUUUGCGGAAGCAUGUACAUCUGCGGCAUUCCUGAGAGAAUUUGUGACUCAUCCUAAGUGGGCACAUUUAGACAUAGCAGGUGUGAUGACCAACAAAGAUGAGGUUCCCUAUCUAUGGAAAGGCACGACCGGGAGGCCCACAAGGACUCUCAUGCGUUUCAGUCAAGACAAUGCUUAG